AUAAAUUCAACACGUACGUGACGCUGAAAGUGCAAAAUGUUAAGAGUACGACGGUGACCGUGAGGGGGGACCAGCCAUGCUGGGAGCAAGACUUCAUGUUCGAGAUCAGUCGGCUGGAUCUGGGGCUGAUCGUGGAGAUGUGGAACAAAGGCCUCAUCUGGGACACCUUGGUGGGGACGUUGUGGAUCCCUCUACGGACCAUCCGCCAGUCAGAUGAGGAGGGGCCCGGGGAGUGGUCGGCGCUGGAGGCCGAGGUGUUGAUGAAGGACGACGAGAUCUGCGGAACCAGGAACCCCACUGUCAAUAAGAUCUUGCUGGACACCAGGUUCGAGCUGCCUUUUGAUAUCCCUGAGGAAGAAGCCAGGUAUUGGACCAAGAAGCUGGAGCAGAUAAACAGCCUGGAGGAGGCCGGAGAGUAUUCCUUCACCGACGAUGCACCGAAGCCGCCUCUCGCCAUCGCCACGCCGCAGUGUUCCUUCGAAGAUCACGACAGCGCCGUGGACGACCGGGACAGCGAUUACCGUAGCGAAACCAGCAACAGCAUUCCACCACCCUACCACACCACCUCUCAGCCCAACGCCUCCGUCCACCAGUUCCCUGUGCAGCCGCGACUGCAGCAGCAAGGCGGUUCCCGAGAGUCCUGUGUAGACUCCAUGCAGAGCUACGACCUGGACUUUCGGGAGAGGAGGACCAUGAGGCGAUAUGAUAGCGUAGAUUCCACUGCAAAUGGACGGCACGACCUAGAGUCUGCGUCUGAAUCUAGUCAGCUGACAAGCCGCCACUGUUCCUUAGAGAGCAGGCAUUCUCUAGAUCUGUCUGAUAGUCCUGCCGGGAGUAGCCGGUAUGGCUCCUCCGGUAAUGUUAGCCAGGGGAGCUCGCAGCUGAGCGAAUCUGACCAAUACCACGAAAGCCUUCACUCUCUGGACCUGGAGGAAGAGCGCCAAGAUCCCAGUUAUGCUUUCCGUCCCUCCCCCAAACAGAGGAAAACUGACCAGGAAUGGUUCAAUGACCGUGACGCCGACAGGACGCAGCCUCAGGGAACCGAAACACAGCCAGAAAAGGUCACGCCCAAACCACCCCAAGAGCUAGAGAAACCCAAAGAUAUCUUGGUGGAGAGGCGGCAAAGCUAUCCGGAAGAUGUAGGACCUCCUCCGUUCUCUCCGGCCAGGGCUCGCUGGCUUCGGGUUAUUAAUAAAGUGCGGGUACAGAUUAAUGAGACCCAGGACGAUGGAGACCCAUCCAAACCACCAUGGUUUAAAGGCGGUCCUGGUGGCGGCUUGUUUGGCAUUGACAGCAUGCCGGAUCUUCGCAAGAAGAAGCCGAUCCCGUUGGUCAGUGAUUUGUCCCUGGUCCAGUCCCGCAAGGUCGGCAUCACCUCCUCGAUGGCCACUCGCACUUCCCUCAAGGACGAAGACCUGAAGUCACAUGUGUACAGGAAAACCCUGCAAGCCUUAAUCUACCCCAUUUCCUGCACGACGCCCCACAACUUCGAGAUCUGGACCGCCACCACCCCCACCUAUUGCUAUGAGUGCGAGGGUCUGCUGUGGGGGAUUGCGCGGCAGGGGAUGCGCUGCAGCGAGUGCGGGGUCAAAUGUCACGAGAAGUGCCAAGACUUGCUGAAUGCCGACUGCCUGCAGAGAGCGGCAGAGAAGAGCUCAAAGCAUGGGGCGGAGGACCGCACGCAGAACAUCAUCAUGGCCAUGAAGGAUCGCAUGAAGAUCCGGGAGAGGAACAAGCCAGAGAUAUUCGACCUGAUCCGGGACGUGUUCACCGUCACCAAAGUGAUCCACGCCCAGCAGAUGAAGACUGUGAAGCAGAGCGUGCUGGACGGCACCUCAAAGUGGUCAGCCAAGAUCACCAUCACCGUCCUCUGCGCUCAGGGUCUGCAAGCCAAGGACAAGACCGGCUCCAGCGACCCCUACGUCACUGUGCAAGUCGGCAAAACCAAAAAGAGGACGAAAACCAUCUAUGGCAACCUGAACCCCGUGUGGGAGGAGAAAUUCCACUUCGAGUGUCAUAACUCCUCCGACCGGAUCAAGGUUCGCGUCUGGGACGAGGACGACGAUAUCAAGUCUCGGGUGAAGCAGAGGCUGAAGAGGGAAUCGGACGACUUUUUGGGGCAGACGAUUAUUGAAGUGCGGACGCUGAGCGGGGAGAUGGACGUGUGGUAUAAUCUGGAGAAAAGAACGGACAAGUCCGCCGUCUCGGGGGCCAUCCGCCUACAGAUCAGCGUGGAGAUAAAGGGAGAAGAGAAAGUGGCCCCGUACCACGUUCAGUACACGUGUCUCCAUGAGAACCUCUUCCAUCACCUGACGGACAUUCAGGGCAGCGGGGUGGUGAAGAUCCCGGAGGCGAAGGGAGACGACGCCUGGAAGGUUUACUACGAUGAGACCGCGCAGGAGAUCGUGGACGAGUUUGCAAUGCGUUAUGGGAUAGAAACCCCUGCUUUAAAUGGUCAUCACUACAUUGCUACGAGGCGGUGGCUGAACAUGUGCCCCGGCGUUCCUGCCGUCAUGAGCACCUUACUCGCCAACAUCAAUGCCUACUACGCUCACACAACUGCCUCCACCAACGUGUCCGCCUCUGACCGCUUCUCCGCAUCCAACUUUGGGAAAGAACGCUUUGUGAAGCUCCUGGAUCAGCUGCACAAUUCUCUGCGUAUCGAUCUCUCCAUGUACAGGAACAAUUUUCCGGCCAGCAGCCCCGACAGACUGCAGGAUCUGAAGUCCACUGUGGAUCUGCUGACCAGCAUUACAUUCUUCCGGAUGAAGGUACAAGAACUGCAGAGCCCCCCGCGUGCCAGCCAGGUGGUGAGAGACUGCGUCAAGGCCUGUCUGAACUCCACCUAUGAAUACAUCUUCAACAACUGCCAUGAGCUGUACAGUCGCGAGUACCAGUCUGACCCGAACAAGAAGCAGGAUCUACCUCCCGAAGAGCAGGGGCCUUGUAUAAAGAACCUGGAUUUCUGGCCCAAGUUGAUCACGCUGAUUGUAUCGAUUAUCGAGGAGGAUAAGAACGCCUACACUCCCGUACUAAACCAGUUUCCUCAGGAGCUGAGUGUUGGAAAGGUCAGCGCGGAGGUUAUGUGGAACCUCUUCUCACAAGAUAUGAAGUACGCUAUGGAAGAGCAUGAGAAGCACCGGCUCUGCAAGAGUGCCGACUACAUGAACCUCCAUUUCAAGGUGAAGUGGCUUUACAAUGAGUAUGUCCAAGACCUGCCGGCCAUGAAGGACAAAGUGCCUGAAUAUCCUGCGUGGUUUGAGCAGUUCGUCAUGCAGUGGUUGGAUGAGAACGAGGAGGUCUCCCUGGAAUUCCUGCACGGGGCUCUGGAGCGUGACAAGAAAGAUGGGUUCCAGCAAACGUCGGAGCACGCCCUCUUCUCCUGCUCCGUGGUGGACGUGUUCACCCAACUCAAUCAGAGCUUUGAGAUCAUUAAGAAACUGGAGUGCCCAGACCCGGUCAUCGUGGCCCACUACAUGCGCAGGUUUGCCAAGACCAUCAGUAAAGUCUUGCUGCAGUACUCCGAAAUCCUCUCCAAAUCCUUCCAGUCGUACUGCUUCAAGGAGAAGCUGCCCUGCAUAUUGAUGAACAACGUCCAGCAGCUCCGGGUGCAGCUUGAGAAGAUGUUUGAAGCCAUGGGAGGAAAGGAGUUGGACACCGAGGCCAGCGACACGCUGAAGGAGCUCCAGGUGAAGCUGAACAAUGUGCUGCAUCGUAUAUUAACUGUAUAUGGCUUCCAGUUCCGGAUAGACGAAUGUAUUAAGCAGAUGUCGGAGAUUCUCAGUCACGUGAAGAGCACCGGCAAUGUGGCAGCUAACGCCAGGAACACGGUGGCACAGGACGCCGACAAUGUUCUGCGCCCCCUGAUGGACUUCCUGGAUGGCAACUUCCAGUUCCGGAUAGACGAAUGUAUUAAGCAGAUGUCGGAGAUUCUCAGUCACGUGAAGAGCACCGGCAAUGUGGCAGCUAACGCCAGGAACACGGUGGCACAGGACGCCGACAAUGUUCUGCGCCCCCUGAUGGACUUCCUGGAUGGCAACUGCAUUCACAUCACACCGAAACGUAGCUGUAUGAUUCCUGACUAUAACAUGUUCUCUUCUCUCCCCUCCCCGGGCUCUCAGGGGACUCAGUUGAUUUUCACUGCAGCAAAGGAACUGGGCCAGUUAUCAAAGCUGAAGGAUCACAUGGUUCGAGAAGAGACUCGGAGUCUGACCCCAAAGCAAUGUGCGGUCAUGGAUCUGGCUCUGGAUACGAUCAAGCAAUAUUUUCACGCUGGAGGAAACGGCCUGAAGAAGACGUUCCUGGAGAAGAGCCCGGAGCUGCAAUCUCUGCGCUACGCCCUCUCGCUCUAUACGCAGACCACAGACACGCUCAUCAAGACCUUUGUGCAAUCACAGACGGCGCAAGGCUCUGGUGUGGAUGAUCCAGUGGGAGAGGUGUCCAUACAGAUCGACCUGUUUACACAUCCAGGAACUGGCGAGCAGAAGGUGACUGUGAAGGUGGUCGCUGCGAAUGACCUCAAGUGGCAGACGACCGGCAUGUUCCGACCCUUUGUGGAGGCCACUGUGAUUGGACCUCACCUGAGCGACAAGAAGAGGAAGUUUACCACCAAGUCCAAGAGCAACAACUGGGCCCCUAAAUACAAUGAGACCUUCCACUUUAUUCUGGGCAAUGAGGACGGUCCGGAGUGUUACGAGCUUCAGGUCUGCGUGAAGGACUAUUGCUUCGCCCGAGAGGACCACGUACUGGGAAUCGCCAUCAUCCAGCUGCGUGACAUCGCGGACAAAGGCAGCUGCGCCUGCUGGUGCCCGCUGGGCCGCCGCAUCCACAUGGAUGAGACCGGACUCACCAUCCUGCGCAUCCUGUCCCAGCGGACCAACGACGAGGUGGCCCGGGAGUUUGUCAAACUGAAAUCGGAGAUCCGCUCUACCGAGGAGGGAAGCUGAGCCCUGAAUCCUCCUCUUCUAGGAUGUGCCAAUUAUACCGACCUUCGCCCGGCGGCCAGGACCCGAAGGGAAAAAGGCGAUAAGAGAGCAGAAUAUUUAUUUUUUUUGGUUCCAGACGCCGCAGACGACGCAUAGAGACUCUCGGGUGUCUUGUAAAUAAGAUAUUUAUAUAGAAAGGACUCUGUUGGCGUCUGUAUCGGCCUCCUCCUGUGCUCUUAAAGGUGUGAGCUUUCUGGAACAGGCUG